AUGUUGAAGCAACUCGGAAAUGAAGAGUCUGGUGAGGACUGUGCAACUCGGGAUGAUUUACGUAAAAAACUCUUGAUAUUAAUGGCAAUUUUGUGUGCUGCUUCCUUGGGAUUGAUGGUGCUCGACGUGAUGGCCGUUCUAACUUGCAGCUCCUUCCACAAAAAACUCCAUUUCGAAUGUAAUGACAUCAGUGCUCCAUGUAACGUCCAGAGUCCAAUAAUUGAGAAUGUCACGUACACACAUGUCGAGAAGUGCUUGAACUGUAUCUGUGAGCGCUCCUCUCGAUGCAACUAUCCAUGCUCACCGGAAGUCAAUAAUAGUUGUGGCUAUUUCAGGAUGGAAUACAACCAUUUUAUAUUGUGUGGAAUGCCGGGUAGACGAGGCGAGGAAACGGGGGAAUACGCUUUUAUGAGGUGUACCAGGAAUCGCGAUUGUGCGAUGAAGUGUGUGAAAGCUCUCUACGACAAGUAUCGCCAUCGGUGCAUGGGGAAACAUUUCUGUGAAGCGAUGACCCAUCUUUAUCAAUUUGGUGCCGAAGGAUGUUCGCCAAAAAACAGCAAUGACGCUCGAAUUUAUUGGUCGAUGGUGAAAAAAUGCUAUGAUACCACGUUGUCGGAACCCUAUAUUCAACAA